UUCAAACAGCAGCGAUAACUUAUUGACUAUGGCGUGCAGGGAUCCUGUACCGCGGUUUAACAUCUAAUCAGAUGAUAAAAGAGGAGGUGGAGAGCAGCCCUGAACCUGAAGAUGAGGCGCCUUUCAAGAAGAAAAGCCCUGAGCUUGGUGAGGGAGCUGGACGCCUUCCCCAAAGUGUCGGAGAGCUACGUGGAGACCUCGGCCUCAGGAGGAACAGUGUCGCUGAUUGCUUUCGGUGCCAUGGCACUGCUGGCUAUCUUAGAGUUCUUUGUUUAUAGAGACACCUGGAUGAAGUAUGAAUAUGAAGUUGACAAGGAUUUUUCCAGUAAAUUGAGGAUAAACAUUGACAUUACAGUUGCCAUGAAAUGCCAGCACGUUGGAGCAGAUAUUCUGGACUUGGCUGAGACCAUGAUCACAUCCAGCGGCCUCCAGUACGAACCUGUUAUUUUUGAACUUACUCCACAACAGAGACUGUGGCAAAGGACGUUGCUGCUCAUACAGAACAGGCUGAGAGAAGAACAUGCUCUUCAGGAAGUCCUUUACAAAACUCUUCUCAAAGGAGGUCCGACUGCUCUGCCCCCACGGUCAGUCGCCUCUAUAGAGCCGCUCAAUGCUUGCAGGAUACACGGACACGUCUACGUCAACAAGGUGGCAGGAAACCUACACAUCACUGUGGGAAAACCCAUUCACCAUCCUCAGGGUCAUGCCCACAUUGCAGCUUUUGUGAGCCACGAGACGUACAACUUCUCCCAUCGAAUAGACCAUUUAUCUUUUGGGGAGGAGGUGCUGGGCAUCAUCAAUCCUCUGGACGGCACAGAGAAAAUCACCUUUAACAAUAACCAGAUGUUCCAGUACUUCAUCACAGUGGUUCCAACCAGACUGAACACAUACAAAAUAUCUGCAGACACACACCAGUUUUCUGUGACUGAGCGGGAGCGGACGAUAAACCAUGCAGCCGGCAGUCACGGCGUUUCAGGCAUCUUUGUCAAGUACGACACCAGCUCUCUGAUGGUGACGGUCAGCGAGCAGCAUAUGCCGCUGUGGCAGUUCCUGGUGCGUCUGUGCGGCAUUAUCGGCGGUAUAUUCUCCACGACAGGCAUGCUCCAUGGGCUUGUUGGCUUCUGUUUUGAUGUUAUCUGCUGUCGCCUGAAACUUGGAGUCUACAGGCCCAGAGAAGAUGUGCAGCUACACAACCAGAUGAACAAUCUGAACAAUCACCAGACUCCUUUGUUGGCUGACGACGUCCCUCAGGAGUAGCUGUUUUUCGGUGACCAGGCUUUUGGCCAUCGUCAAACGUCGUCAGUGUGUCAUGAAAAUGUGUUUUUCUACUGAAAAAAGGUAAAGCUGCCUGUUAAACACUGUGGUGUCUACUUGAAAAAUAGUAAAGUUCACAUCAGUUAGAUGUGCUUAUACUACAUUGUACUACUACAAAAGCAGCAUACUUGUGUUUUUAAACAUUAUUUCCUUUCUGUGAUGGGGUUUGUUUCUUUAGAAAUGUUGUGGGCUUUAUGUUACAUUUGCCGUAAUAGCACAUUAUACGGAUUUGUUGUCAUUUCGACUGCAAUAAAAUG